AUGCCACCAGGAGACAACCACGGUGGCGUCCACCAUCAUCAAGGCCUCGAACAAGGCGACAAUGAUAUACAAGACGUCCGGGAGGACCACAAGUUAGCUUCAGUCAGUCAGCUCAGAACGGAGGGUAUACCUACACCACCACUGAAGCACGAGAAAGAGGAACACCAUCAUCUUGACGGCAACCCGUUCAAUCAUUUCUAUAGUGUACUUAUAACUGAUAAAUACAACUAA